UCGAUGGUUGUAUGAACUGACGGAGAAAGGAGAGAAAGGAUGGAAACGUGGUCUAAUGUCUCCCCCGGAACGGGCAAUGGAAAAUAAGGUUCUCGCUUUGAUUUCAUUGGCGAAACGGCGGACACCGAUUCUACUUCCGGCCUGUAUUCUGUGUUCUUACCCGCCUUCCUUCUUUCUCUUUUUCCCCUUCAUCGCUUCUUCUGGGCCCCCCCACACACAUACCACCUUCCUCUUCUCCCUCAAACCCGCAAACAAUAGCCGCGCGCGCUUUUUUGGGUUAACUUUAAUAAUUGUUUCUUUUCAUAUAUUGUUCUUCCACCUUUCCUUCAAGUCAUAAUGGAAGCGACCGACGCAUCACAACAACAGCAACAACAACAGCAGCAGGCACAGCCUGCCUUAGACACUCUCCCGCCAUCCGCCAAGCUUGCACUUUUGCACGCUCAGCAAGCCAACGA